GUCGAUUUCAGCGGUGGAGACGGUACAAUAUUCCCUGGCGCAAGUUGAGGGCGGAAGGAGCAGCCAUCAACCAAACCAUUGGAAUCCCCAGCUCCGUGGCGAGUACGACUCAUGGAGCGAUACGAACAAUGCUGGGUUGAGAUCUCUUCUGGUUUCUUGGUGUGCCACAUGUCGAGCCGGGAUCAAGGUAAAACAUUACCCCUAUCACUGGUCUAACCAUCUAUAAGAAUUUUCUCUUUAUUUGCCAUUGAAUUUUAUUUGAUUCAAUAUUUUUAUCCAAGCAGAGAAUAUUUCAAUCCAUAUUUAUAAUUUCUAGUAGAUUUUUUAAAAAUAUUUCCUCAUCUAACUAUAGCAUUCAUAUUCAUAGUAUCCUUAGAUCAAGCAUGCUCAUACAAUCUUAAAUAAUGUUUUUGCAUGUUUUGUUAUGUAUCCGAGUUACACUUAAUCAUUUACAAAUGAAUGUAUUCAAAUAAUUUCUCACAUUGAUUUUAAUAUAUAAUAUCAUAACAGUUACAUAAUUGCAUAAUAAUAUCUGUGGGUAGGACACCAAAGUGAAUGGAUGGCAAUGUGAAUUCCACUAAGAGUAGUAGUGUAUCACCCACCGAUGAUAUUUAUUCUUAGCCCCUCCCCAUACAAUGAUCUUUAGGUCACCAAACAAUGAUGCUACCAUUCUAAUACUAUAAGACCACGAAACAUACAUGCUUACAUUGAGAUCAUCUCACUCUCCUAUGCUUAAAAGCAUUUCUCUCUCAUUCAUCUCAUUCUUGCACGAUCUCAUGUCAAGAGUUAAUUCAAACAUGAGAAUAUUCCUCCUACCCUAUUAUCAUAAGAAUACUCUCACUAAAGAAACAAUGUCAAAUAAAGAUCAUGAAAGAACUCCAAAAACAUUAAUAAUGCAUUUAUGGCCAAACCCUAUUUGCCUCAUCCCUGCCUCAGGACAACCCCAAUCUCAAUGAAAGAGAGACAACAGUGUAAGUUAUUGCCCAUGGACCAUGUCUUUCUUUUGCCAUGACUAGGUAUUAAUCAGUGUAUACACACACACACACACACAUCAAGAUUUCCUAGUCAUAUGACAUGGGUAAUGUAGUAAUGCCCAACUAAGCAACAGCUCUCAAACACAGCUCCUUGCUCCCUUCCAAGAGUCGAGUGAUGUCCUACUGAGAUCAGCCUUGUUUGAUAGCAAAGGCCAUAAGGAGUGGCCUCUGGUCUCUAUACAAUCUUAAUAUCUUUGUUUAUUGAAGCUCCCAUUGGAAGUUUUGGCUUUUCUUAUGGCAAAGAUCUUCAUAAUUGAUCCCUCCACAUAAGUGCCAAUCUCAACUACAUGAGAAGUUUUGGCUCUUCAUAAUUGAGCCUUGUUUUCUAAAGGGUGAUAGAGAUAGGCACUGAGAUCCCCCUGACACAGCUUUCUUUUCUUUUUUUCCCUGAUUUUUUUUGUUCCUUCUACCAACUUCUCUCUCUCUCUCUCUCUCUCUCUCUCUCUCUCUCUCUCUCUCUCUCUUUCUCUCUCUUCAUCAAGAAAGAAAAGUACACUAUAUACUAAUACAUAAAUCAAAGUUUGUGAGAUGAGACUGGGAUCGAGUUGAUUUCAUGAUUACUUAUGACUUAAGACAAUAUGACUUGAAAUACUUGCUAUAAAAUCUCUUCCUUUAUAACUAGGAUAUCAUUUGUUACGGAGUACUACAUUUUAUCUCAAUUAAAGAUAUAUUUUCCCCUAUAUCAAAUACUUGAUACUAUUUAGUACGAUCUGAUUUGAUGAGAUAACUACUAGCUUCAUUAAUUUGAUUUGAGAGAAUCAAAAUGAAAGCCGAGAAACAGUGUAGACAACAAGGACAGAACAACAUGCUUGUGCAAAAGUUCCAGAGAAACAAACAACAUGAUAUUUGCACUGGUGAUCCUACAUAGAAGAGGCAUAAAAGUUGGAGCUACAAUUCGACAUCAUCAACUACAAUAGAAUUCGAUGGAGCUGUGCAAAAGUGGGAAGGCUGGAAUUCAACAUCACGGGGGGGUGUUAUGGUUGAAGUAAUAGACUUCAACUCUGAUGGAGUUGUCCAUAAUCCAUAAUGCAUGUCAUAUCCUCGAUCACCUUAUUGCAAUGCCUCCUAAACCUUUACACAUGAGGCAGUACAUGAAAGAACACAACUCCCUGCUCUUGCAAUGAAUCAAAGCCGGUAAUACUGUGUGCAGCUCCCCCAUACGACAAGGAGAAUCGUAAUCUUGGAUGCUUUCGUCCCUCCUCCACCGGCCACGGAAGCUUCUUCUUGGAGAAUGUCGUCUUCUUCUUCUUCUUCUUCUUGUGCUCCCCACGACAUGCCCACCUCAAUCUGUCUUCCUCUCCCCUUUCUUUAUUCCCGUGAGCACAAAUUUCUCCUUCUACAGUUCAUCCUAAUAAAACAGUGCCCACGUCCUCCCCAUUGCCAGAUAAUAUACACUCCUCGUGCUACCACCCACCCCCUUCUUCCACUGUCGAUGUCUAAGCCUUUGAUCGAUCAUUGCAUCCAUCUUAGCUGUAUUGCCUGAUCGGCGAUCGAACCUGUCGCAAUCUCCAAUUAAAUUAGCGAGUGAAGUCGAUUCUUUGACAGACAGCAAUCUCUGCAACCAAUCGUAUAAAUGCAAUGCUCCCUGUGCUUUGCUAAAUGUCUCUGCGUCCUCUUCCACCUCUGUAAUUGUUCGUACCUCGCGAUGGAGCCUCAGGGAUUGGUUUCGGAGGCAAGCUGGAGCUGCUUCGAUCCGGCGAUGUCGGUGGAGGAGUCCGAAGUCAUGGCGCAGCUGUUGGGGGGGUCUCAGAGCUUCGCAGGCGACCAUGAUCAACAGCAACAGAUGCUUUGGUCCGACCAUAAUGCCGAUUCUUACUACUGUGCUGCUACUUCUUACCCCGAUCCGUACUGUUGGCCGCAAGGCAACUGUAGCAGAAGCAGCACCACCGACUAUUACUACUUUAGCGAUCCCCACAUGGUUCCUGCGAUCGGCGUUAGCUCUACCCCGAUGAGUUUUAGUAUCGGCGGCGAGCCGAUCGACACCCCGUCCUUCCCCGUCGGUGCUCAUCAUCAGUUUGGCGCAGCGGUCUGCGUGACCGAGGAAGCCAGCGGUGACGAAGUCGUGGAUUCCUUGGCGAAGCCUCCUCCACCUCCGCCUCCUCCUCCUGCGCAUGCCUCGCAAGCCAUCAAGAGAAGGUUGCAUGGUGGCGUCAUCGAGGUGGCUGCCAACACGGAAGAGGAUGACACCCAACUCCAGAGCCCCAAAAAGAAGGCCCGGGCAUCGGCACCUAUGCCUAAGAAGGGGAAGAAUGCGCAGUCCAAGAAGGCUCAGAAGAGUGGUGGUAGCUGCAACGAGGAAGAGAGCAAUGGCGACAUGAAUCCUCAGAGCUCCUGUUGCUACACCUCGGAGGACGACUCGAACGGAUCUCAGGAGCUGAAGGGAGCUGCUGCAUCUCUGAAUUCAAAUGGCAAGACGAGAGCUGGUCGUGGCUCAGCUACCGAUCCACAGAGUCUCUAUGCGAGGAAGAGGAGAGAAAGAAUCAACGAGAGGUUGCGAAUUCUGCAGACUUUGGUCCCGAAUGGAACAAAGGUUGACAUCAGCACAAUGCUCGAGGAAGCAGUUCAAUAUGUGAAGUUCUUGCAGCUUCAAAUUAAGCUUCUGAGCUCUGAUGACUUGUGGAUGUAUGCACCCAUUGCAUACAAUGGCAUGAACCUUGGGAUCGACCUGAACAUAGCUUCAAAAUCUCAGCAGUGACAUCCAUAUACAAUCUUCCUUUUUCUUCUUUUUUCUCCCCUAAAAUGUUUUGAAUUUUUGGGUCAUUUCCGCAGAGCAAAGGGAUCAUCAGUACUUGACUAGCAAUUAUGAGAAGCGUGUUGAUGAUUCAAAUUGACCAAAUCUCAUGUAUUCUUGACUUAUUUCAUCAGUUUUGACUGUUAACUGAUGGAAAGAUUGGUCCAAAACUACAGAUGAUGAUGUAAAUGAGGGCAACCGCCUAAUUCAAUACAUGACUUUUGUA